AUGAACGCGGACCAAACCCAGUCGAUUUCCUCAGAGAGAGAGGCUAUGAUGAACGUAUUUUCGGAGCUUAGAGCAGCGAAGUUCCGUUUUCCGAGAGAAUGGGAGGUACCCAACGGCGAACACGAUCCGGCUCCUGGUUUUGUGGCACAACAUCAGUGGACUCAAGUCCGGGACACAGACAAGGACAUCGCGGCGGAUCGGCAGAUGCAGCGGAGCUACGUGUCCGACGCAGAAAUAUUGGGAGUGCAGGACUGGUUAGGCAAGCCGCCUGCACCGACACUGCAGGUGUAUACCGAAAGAUAG